UGCACAGGUCGCUUCCUCUCCCUCCUCUAGCUGCAAAGGAGCAGUAGCAAGAAGUUAGUACGACCAGGUGUAUUCCCGAACUAGUGUGUGCGCAAACUGCGUUACGCAUCCCCUACAUUGGAUGAUAUGGGUACGGUGACUACGUAGUUGGUGAGUGCCCGUUUGAGAGACAGCCGGAGAGGUGUCUAAUUAUCAAGAGCAGUGGCAAUGGUGCAGAAUGUUAGAGGCGCCCUGAGCUCCAUGUCUUAACACCAACAUGGACAGAGGCAACAUUGCUCAGGACAUCAUUCACAGACAGAUCAGGGAGAGGAAAGCUGGAAGUUUUCAGAGACGUCAUCAUGUAACAGAUCCAUUAAUUCGUCGCCUGGGACUAGAAGCAGAGCUACAGGGUCACUCUGGUUGUGUUAAUUGCCUGGAAUGGAACGAGAAGGGGGAUUUGCUGGCUUCUGGUUCCGAUGACCAGCACAUGAUGCUGUGGGAUCCUUUUCAUCAUAAGAAACUGCUGUCUAUGCACACAGGACAUACUGCCAACAUCUUUUCUGUUAAGUUCCUCCCUCACUCUGGGGACCGCAUCUUGAUUACUGGAGCAGCAGAUGCAAAGGUUCAUGUUCAUGAUGUUAACUCAAGAGAGACCCUCCAUGUUUUUUCUGAGCACACCAACCGGGUGAAACGGGUGGCCACUGCCCCUAUGUGGCCUAACACUUUUUGGAGUGCAGGAGAAGAUGGCCUGAUCCGACAGUACGAUUUAAGAGAGAGUAGCACCCACUCUGACAUUUUGAUUGAUCUGACUGAGUACUGUGGCCAACUUGUGGAGGCAAAAUGUGUAAGCAUUAGCCCUCAGGAUAAUAACUGCUUGGCAGUAGGAGCCAGUGGGCCGUUUGUGAGACUGUAUGACAUCCGGAUGAUCCAUAGCCACAGAAAGAAUCUCCUGCAGACGCAAUCUGGACUCCACACUUUUUGUUCCAGACAAAAACCUAUUCCAGAGGGAGCUGCACAGUAUUAUGUAGCAGGUCACCUUCCGGUAAAGCUUCCAGAUUACAACAACAGGUUGCGAGUUUUAGUGGCCACAUACGUAACAUUUAGUCCAGAUGGGACUGAACUACUUGUCAACAUGGGAGGAGAGCAGGUUUAUCUUUUUGACCUAACGUUCAAGCAACGACCUUGUACGUUCCUGCUGCCUAAAUCUCAUCAUACAUCUGGAGAAGUCCAAAAUGGGAAGACCUCGACCAAUGGAUUGUAUAGUAAUGGCAUCCGUGUGAGUGAAGCCAAGAACGUGGUGGGGUCAACAAGCGAACUUCCUCCACACCUGGAAAAAGUAAAGCAAAAAGCUAACGAUGCAUUUGCCCGGCAGCAGUGGAGCAAGGCAAUUGAGUUGUAUAGUCAAGCCAUGCAGAGGGCACCUCGUAUUGCUAUGUUGUUUGGCAAUCGAGCUGCAGCAUACAUGAAACGCAAGUGGGAUGGAGAUCAUUAUGAUGCUCUGAGGGACUGCCUGCAAGCACUGGCAUUAAAUCCAGCCCAUCUAAAGGCUCAUUUUCGGCUAGCACGCUGCCUGUUUGAGCUCCGCUAUGUCUCUGAGGCAUUGGAUUGUUUGGAAGGAUUCAAGGCCAAGUUCCCAGAACAGGCCCAAAGCAGUGCAUGUGAUGCGCUAGACAGGGACAUCAAAGUUGCCUUAUUCUCCAAGACUGACAGCCAAGAUGAUAAAAAAGGGGGUUCUACUCGCCUGCGGUCAGGGGGAAGGAAGGACUCUCUCUCAGAAGACGAAUUGCUGCUUAGAGAAAGAAGCUUGGAUUAUAAACAUAGAUACUGUGGCCACUGUAACACCACUACAGACAUAAAAGAAGCCAGCUUUAUGGGGAGCAAUGCCCAGUACAUUGUGAGUGGUUCAGAUGAUGGUUCAUUCUUUAUCUGGGAGAAGAAUACUAGCGCAUUGAUCCGUGUCCUGCAAGGAGAUGAGUCCAUUGUUAACUGUCUACAGCCACACCCGAGUUACUGCUUCUUGGCCACAAGUGGCAUUGAUCCUGUUGUGCGACUAUGGAGCCCACGUCCGGAGAGUAAUGGCCCUGAUCGUCGUGUGGUAGAGGAUAUGGAGGGUGCCUGUCAAGCUAACCAAAGGAGAAUGAAUGCUGACCCUUUGGAAGUGAUGCUCCUGAACAUGGGUUACAGGAUUACAGGACUGAGUGGAGGAGGUCCAACAUCUGGUGAUGGGGGCUCUGAUGAUGAGGAUUCUGCUGAGGGACAAGUUCAGUGCCGACCCAGCUAACCUUGAUGUGAUGGAGGUGUGUGAGUUUGGAAUGGAUGCACCUUAUAAAGACAGGCUUGACCAUAUUUUAAUGGCCACUCAUUUUGCUUUCAAAGCAUUCUGUGCAGACCAACAUACCUCAUAAUGACUAAGGUAAAGGAGGCGGAGGCACAGAACCAAUCCUUCCACACCACUACCACUGUAUAGGACAAUGACUAAGACUUUCCUAUUCCCCAGGCUCUAUAAUAAAUCUGAUGCUGAUCACUGCACAUCCCUUUCUCAUUCUGGAGUUGAUCUAGAAUUUAACUAGGAUGAACAUUAUAGGAAGGUCACUAAAAAGAGGCAGUAAAGCCAUCAGCGGUAUUUUGAGAUUUUCAGAUUCAUUAACCUUUUUCUUUAGAAAUUGUAUGGUGGAGUGAACCUGCAGUAUGGGCAGUGUUUGUAGGAGUGAAUCAAUCGGCUGAAACAAAUGUGGAUAUAGCUAUGACCUAGACUCUAAAUCUGCCUCACAUGGUAUCUAGAAUAUAUGGGCAAUGAGGUGAUGUUUCAGCCUGCCUCUAAAUGGACGUGGUUACAGGUACAGUGGUGUGGUUCAAUGCUUUUUUUCCAGCUUUUUUAAAGUGUGUGUUUCUAGAUAUUAUCAUCUAGAAGGGUGGUUUGUAGAUGCCAUGCCUAAUUUUGACUAAUGUGAAUAAAUCGUUCAGUAAUCUAGAAUGUUUUCUAGACCCAUCUAGUCUAUGAUUUAAUUAUUUUAUGUUCAAAUUAAGGCCGCUAUGAACCGUUACUCAGCCUUAUCACAACUUGAUACAAAGCUUUGUGCUGCCAACAACAUCCCUCUUUUUCAUUUCAUUUUUUUUUAAUGGUGGAGAAGCUGAAUUAGACCUGUGAGUAACUCUAAUGAAUUUGUAUUUGAUGUACAUCUACAAAUAAAAAGUUCUUUAUUUCUGA